AUGGAUAUUGUUCCGUGCUUCCGCGGAGGAUUUGCAUUGAGGGCACUCAUAUUACUGGACGAGCAAGGCAAGCACGCUAAUAAGCAUUCAAUCACUACUACUAUCCAUACUAAUCCUGUCCCACCAGCCGCGGCAAACGGGUGCGUUUUUGAGCCCCACGGAUCUCAGUCUGGCUGCUGGCAGAAAAAUCCCGAGGCCCAGCAAGUGGCAGCUAACAAAGAGAAAAAAACGGACGCUCGUGCUGUGAACAAAGAAGCAACGCAACAUCCUCCUCCUCCUAAACAUGCCUCUCGAGACAAUAUACGUCGUCCGCCAUGGGGUAAAUUCCGGUCUAGUUGGUCCGUCGACCACACCACAGGAGUGUAUUCAGCUUCGAUCCCAUCACCAACAGGAAUCGCUGUGGACCCAGCACUCACCGCCCACGGGGUCGAUCAGUCCAGGCAACUCGCCCAGCAUCUCAUGACGAUAGACCCCCCCGUGGAGGUUGUGUACUCGAGCCCCUACUACCGCUGUCUGCAGACCAUCACCCCCUUUGUCGAGCUCCAGCAGCAAAGGCACGCAGCACACAGGCAUGGCGAGAGCACGAGUACCGGCAGUGGCAGUGACAGUGGCCCUCCCUCUGCUGCCGCCACCAUGAUACGGCCUGAACACGGAAUCUGCGAGUGGUUCGGUUCCGCUCCGUUUGAGCAUCCCGGCCCAGCCUCAUCCUCAGUCCUCAAAUCCUUGUUCCCUGCUUUUGAUGAGAGCUACGUGUCGGCGCAGUAUCCUCCCAAGAGGGGCGAGACGCUGGCCCAGCUGCAGGCCAGGCUUACGGCCACGAUGCAGAGUAUCAUUGAUCGCUGCGACGCUGAAGAUAGACGAGCCGUUGUGCUGUGCACUCACGCCGCAGUGGUCAUCAUGUUGGGCCGCAUCCUCACGGGCGACUUUCCCGAGACUGUAGAUACCGAUGACUUCCACGCUUUUACCUGUGGACUGAGUGUCUACCGCCGGAAACUUGGCAAUCGGGAUCAGGGACGGCGAGGAAAGGGGGAGUUGCCUGACAAAGAGCCCAACCCUAGUGCUGCUGCUGCUGUUGCUGUUGGAGGUUGGUCAUGUGAGGCCAACAGUGACUGCAGCUUCUUGGCCGGCGGCGAAGAGCGAGGCUGGAAGUUCGUAGGGGACGAGGAGUUUCCAGACACAGGCUCCAUGUCUCAAGCUACAUCCGAGUCUAAGCUGUAACGAUGGCUCGGGGAUCAACAAGCAGUCAAUGCAGUACAUAGGUGAUAUGACGACUUGCAAGCCCAAGUACAAACUAGGGUUUGAGAAAAACAAGGGCUGCCUAUUCGCGGACAACCCUUGACGGUUGUGACGUUCACUUUGGCCGGAUGAUACACGUUUGUCGGUAGAGUAUUAUUAGAUUUCGUCACGGGAAUCACACCGCGUGGUAAAGUUGCUCCUAGAUAAGAAACGACAUGAUCAUUAGAACGGCCGUGCAUGGUGCAACCCGCGAAUUCCCUUGUUGAUUGCCUCGUUAGGUCGAGCUCACCUGUUAGACUCGAGCCGCUUUUGGACAUUGC